GACACUGGUGUACCAAAAUAGUUAGUGCAAAAUAAAAACAGUAGAGCAAAUCACUGAUGAGCAUUAUGGUUUCUGUAUUUAAUUUCAUCAUACAUAAAUAAAUAUGGUGGUGCAUAGGACACGAGAAGACGAGUAAAAACUUUUCAACCGCUCGUCUGUAGAAACAAGUAUGGAGGUGGGACUGGGUAGGACACUUUUGGCUGGAGAUCCACGUUUAAUUGAUCAUAUAGUUGGAGAAGUGAAAUCUCAAGGCAUCUUUGAUCAGUUUCGCAAGGAGUGCAUUGCAGAUGUUGAUACCAAGCCGGCAUAUCAAAACUUGCGUACUCGAGUGGAGAGCUCCGUCAAUACGUUUCUUGGCAAGCAAAUAUGGAAGCCUGAUAUGAACAAGAAUCAGUUACGUGAAAAUUUGCGUAAACAUAUACACGACGCAGCUUACUUAGAUGCUGGGGUAGAGCGUAUCGUUGAUCAAGUUGUUAAUCCAAAAGUCUAUUCAGUUUUCAUGCCACAAAUCGAGGAUGUUGUUUAUAAAUUUCUUGGAAUGGAACGACCAAAAAAUAAGGACCGAAACGGAGCAAAAAGUCUGAAGGACUUACUGCCUAAAGAUUUAGACCCAGUUUCGCCGGAAUCUGAUAAAAACAGCUUGAAAGAUGACUCUUUAGAAUCUGUGGAUUCAAAUCUAGGUGUGAUCGUUGGAAAAAAUAGUCGCUCGCUAUCCAAAGAUACGAGCACAGUUGAAACAAAAUCUGAAAACAUCGAAGAUAAAUCAAUGAAUGAUGAUAACUCCGCCAACAAACAUUCGGAAAGUCUAGAAAACCAAUUAGAAUGUAAUUCAAAAAACUCUAGUAAAAAUAUCUCAGCAUCAAACUUGAAUAUUUCUUCUAAAUCUGAUGAAAAAACUGAGGAAGAAGAAGAGGACAGUCCAGUGUUCGAACCUAUAGAUAUUAUGAAUUUCAAUGAAUCUAAUGAUUCUCAUUUGUCAGGCAUUUCUGAACUGACCAGUCAUAGGUCAAGGAGCCCCGAUUUUAUAAAUGACUUUUCAAGAGACAAUCUAGACUUUAGUAAUCAUGAUUCUCAGCUGAGUAAGGCUUCAUCAGAUUCUCGAUUGUCAAUAGUGACUGAUUUUGGUUUAUCAAAUCACGCUCCUACACCCAUGCCUGAAACUUUGAAGGAUGACAGUAAUAAAGAAAAAUCUAUCGAAACUUCAGAUCCCAAGGUUAACAAAGACAAUUUUAAAGCGAUACGAGAUAUUGAAUCCAACAAAGCUAAUAUCAAAGAGUUAAAGAAUUCGUUUGAAACUAUUCGUGGUAAAGACAACCAGACUCACGAAUCAAAAGAUUUCAAAGAUUUGAAAAGUGUUAAAGGUAUCCCUGAUUCCAUGGAAGGAGGAACAAGACAUAAAAAUGAUAGUAAAGAUUCUAAAGAUACUUGUAAAGAAAAUGAUUCUUCUAAAACCAAGUCUAGUAAAGAAAAGAGUGAUGCUAAAGAGUCUAAGAGUUACAAGGACCGAGAUAAAGAUCACAAAAGAAGACAAAGUGGACACAGCAAUAGUUCUAAGCAUGAUAAAAGUGAUAAGUAUUCCAGAGACAAAUACAAGGAUAAGACAGAAAAAAGUCGCGAUAGCUAUGAGAAGGGUAAGGAACAUCAAGAGAAAUCUAGGGAAGCUGAUAAAACUAGAGAGGAUAAGAAGGAUUCAGAUAAGAAAGAUAGUGUUGGAAAAGAUCUAAAAGAUAUGUACAAAGAGAAGAUCCGCGAACUGCGAGAGAAAAAAGAGCUCACUGAGAAGGAGAAAUCCGCAAAAGAUCCAAAAGAAGCUAAGCCCAUUAAAGAAUCUAGAGACAAAAAGGAUUCCUCAAAAGAUCGCAAGGAUUCCAAAAGUUCUUCAUCGAAAGGAUCAAGUCGCUUUGAUGAAAAGUUGAAUUCUAAAAGCGAGAGUAAAUCAUCCAGUAAAGCAUUUGAAUCAAAGGACUCUAAAUACGAGAAUAAAGAUAAAGGAAAGCGAGAUGAUAAACGACAAUCAAAGGACAGUAAGGAUAACCGAAAUAAGAGUCAUAGUAGUGCAAAAGCUGAUACUACUGAAAAAAGUGACAAGUCCGAUAAUAAGAAAGAUCUACCUAGAGAGCUGGGUGAUCGAUACGAGCGCUCAGACGCAAAGCGUGAUAUAAAACCAGAAUCACAGAAGGCAGAGGUUAAAAAAGAUUCAAAAACAGAAUCUCAGAACAGAGAUUACGAAAGAAUUGACAAACUAGAAUCUAAGAGGGAUACCAAAAUCGAUUCUCAGGGUAAGGAACGGAAGAAGAAAGAUGAAAAAAAAAAUAAAAUCAAAGACGACCAUUCUAGCUUGAGAAAAAAUCCAAAUGAUCGACGGUCUACUGAUAGAGAUGGCUCAAAUGGUUCAAAUGGCAAGAGUUCACAGAAAAGCAGUUCCAAUUCAAUAGCUAAUGCAAGUAAAACAGGCUCUACUACUUUGAAUAAGGAAUCCAGUGGAACUAGUAACUCGAGCAGUGAAACCUCCGAUAAUAUGGACAUUUCACCAUCUGAUGAGACAAAAUUACCACUUGAAUCAACGUACAAGGAUAAUGACAGUAGAAUUAAGAGUGACCAUUUGUCCAUGAAAACAGCAUAUGAAAAUCAAAGUGAAGCUGAAUAUUUUUUAGAAUCCGAUUUGAUGCCUGAGAGAGUGGAUUUAGGGCAAAACGAAUUGAGUUUACCAUUGAAAAAACGUCCAUUACAAUCAGAUGUUGCUGCACCAGACCCAAGUGACUUCAAAGUCAAGAAGCCUAAGUUCGCAAAAAAUUUUCAAGAAGCUAAGAAGUUGAUGAAAAUUAGAAAGAAGCUAGAAAAACAACGACUGAAAGAAUACGAAGCGGCGAAAAUGAAAUUUCAGUUGGCUAAUCAUAUUAAUGAUUCCAAUAAAUCUGGUCCAAUGUCAAUGGUUGCAAAAGAACAAACUGUCCCUACACUUCCAGAUGAAGAAAGAGUUCAGAUAAUAGAAGUUACAGAUGACGAGUAUGAAGAACCAUACCCGGAUCUGUCAAUGAAAGAAAUCAACAUCAGUUUAGACCAACAAUCUAUUAAUAGUUUGGAAAAUCCGCUGGUGUUGAAUAAUUCACGGGAAAAAUUAGAAAAUGUUUUAGAAAAGCAGUCGAGCCUGUCAGUAAUGGAACAAUCCAUUAGACAGGGGCUCGAGGAUAUGAUAUCUGACAAAAAACUAUUAGAGUCAGAAUCUUCUGUAAAAGACACUGACGAUUCAACUGCAAAGGUGAAACCUGCACAAAGUGAAGUAGACAAUGGUGGAAAGUUACCUGAUAUCACGACAAAUAAUCUCAAACAGUCUAAUAAUAACGUAAAUAAUCCAAUUCCUUUCCCAACUGAGAAAAAGACCAACAUGGAAAAAGAGUCCUCAAAAAAUUUGAAUUCUCAAGAAAAAAGGCUAAAGAAAGUAGAUCCAUUGAAAAUUUGCAAAAAAAAUCAAAGCGAUCCGAGAUCUCAAAUGUUGAGUGGGUCAGUAACAUCACAAUGCAUCAAAGAACACCCAAAACAUCAGAUCUCACCAUCGCCGUUAGACGAUAAUGACAAUUGUCUAUAUUUUGAAGCCGAUAAUGAAAGGGCAGAGAAGUUUUCUAAGUUUUUGGAGUCCCUGGAACUUGAGAUAGACGAGGAUGAAUCACACCCUCAAAAUUUUUCAUCAGAAUCCCUUGAAAGAAUCUUAGAAAGUCUUGGAGGUCGAAUAGUUUCAGCUCUACCUAAAACAAUGGCACCGCCAAUGGCAAAACGUAAACACUCUACCAGUCCUUUGACUGAUAUUUUACUUAACAAUACAUACAAUAAUAAUAAUCGUCACAAAGCAAAGGAGUCGUCGCCGGAAGAAGAAUUGAACACAAGCAAAAAACGGAGAAUGGGUCGUCCUAAGAAACAACAAGCCAUAGCCAACGUUUGUGGUAUUCCAAGUCUACCUAAUGGAGAAAAUUUCGUGAUGCCCCUAAGCCCAGAAAGCGACGUAUCAGCGAGCAGUGAAAAAACUUCCCUUCAUCUUCUGAAGGAAGAUAAAAGGUCUGCUACUAUGUCCAAGCAUUACUGUUUUAAACUCUUCGUUAGAAACAACACUUGGAGAAAUCUUAUGAAUGGCAAAAAAGCAGGAAUAAGCAUAUGCUUGCCCUAGGUCUUUUACAAAUAUUAAAUGUCAAUGUCUAUCAUACUCUUUACACCCACUUACUUAUGUGUCUGUAAAAAAAAAUAUCAAGCAAAAUACUUCAAUUAGCUUCAGUAAUUGAAAAGAACUUACUUUGAUUGGAUGAUUGCAGCCGGCAGAGAAGCAGUCAGCGUUACUCAAGCGAUGACCUUUAUAAGCCUAGGCCUUUUUUCUCCAGUUCUUCCAGGCGAAGUAGAAGGUCCAAUCAAGCAUAGCAUUCUCAUAAAGCACAGAGUCUUAGAUAUCAUGUAAGACUAUAGGAAAGAGUACAAAAUUGAAUAGCACAUAUUUGCUUUUUAUUCAACGCAAAGCUCAUUGAGCGUAAACUGUCAUGCAGCAUAAUCUCUUACGCUCAUUACUCAUUUCCCACUACAUUAAUCAUUCAUGUGUUAUGAUUACUUUAUCAUUUUACUUAUUUUUUUCAAAUAAUAUUUUGUACUCUCUCUCACUUCAUAUUACUGAGACUGAAAAGAGUUGAUGGCACUCAAUGAUAGAUAAAUUUUCCGAAGAUAUAACAGUGUUUUAGUAGCUGCAUAAUUCUCAUGUGAUUCUUUCACAUGGACCCAAUUGGAGUAUAAGAAAAAAAAUGAGUUCAACCAUUUAUACAUCAUCAUCAAUACAUCAGAUUAUUAUUUUUCAAACAAUUCUUAGCAUUCAAAGCUCUUUUCAGAAUCGAAUGGAAACAUUAAUAGAAUCUAAGUUGAAAAUAUGACAGACUUGAUACUUCUAUAAUAUUAUAAUGGACUUCUUUGUAAAUAACUGAUGUAUGUAGUCAAAUAUUGUAAAUUAUGUAUAAAUUAUUGUAAAGACAAAAGACAAAUGGUCUGGUAAUUUACUGCUAUUGAUAGUCCCAGCGUUAAUCAUCAUUUGGAAUGUGUAAUGUAUGAAUAUUCGGUUGCUGUUCAUUUACAUUAUUGAAGUAACAAUGCCAAAUCGAUCAAUUACAAAUUGUAUUCUCCUUGUCUUAACUCUCCAGAAUAGAAGUCAAGCUCAUUCUACGAAUUUUCGAAUCAUUCAAAAAUCCAGUUGCAUCAUUUCAUCGCUUUUAAACGGAAAGUAGAUAAAUCACAUUUUCUUUCAGAAUCUAUGAAAGCAUAGAUAUUCUAUGAUGAAAGUGACUAAGGUCAACUUAUUUCAAUGUCAAUGAAUCUAUCGUUUUCAAACGCCAAAUCAGAAUGUAGUGUCGUAAUCUACUACAUACAGAUAAAUGUUAUACUGCUAAUCAAGCCUAAGUGCAACAAAUUUAAAAAAAUUGUUUAAUUUCCCAACUCUGUACUUUUGAUCCAUGUUUUAGAAUCACACGCCUACUAACAAAACGAAAUAUAGUAUAGCAUUAAGUAAUAUUAGAUCCAUCUCAGACGUUGCCAACUACAGUGUAAUUCAAAACUAAUAGUUUUCAUGUGAAAUUCAGCGUCACGAUGACGCGUUAAUAUUCAUCCAUAGCGCAAAAAUAUUAGUGACAAGUUACAACUGCAAAUUAACGCUAGCUAACUCAGGAAAGAAAAUAGGCAUUCAGAUUGUAAUGACCAUGCUUACUUCAUCUAAUUCUGGAGAGAGAAAAAAAUAGAAAAAAAAGUACACUAUGUGAAAAUGACCACUUCCUGUUUUGUGCUACUGGUGGUACGUACGUACAUACAGUGAUUAUGUAAUACCACAAGUACACACCUAAGUACGAUGCGACUGAUGAUAGUUGAAUUUAUAAUUAGCGGUAAAUACCCUACCGUGAUAUACAGUUAGAUAAACAUUGAUAUUAUAUAUAGAGAUACAUAACUAUACUUAAUAUGUACGCCAAUAAUUAAUUUGAUUUAUAAAUCUACAUUGUACGUAAUAGAAUUAAAAUGAAUUGAAAAAAUA